AGCUGUGAGGCCACCAGAGCUGCAGGUGAGCAGCUGCUCUCAGCAAACACACCAACCUCCCACACUGCUUUGUGCCGCUUCCCAAGACUGUUUCCAAAAUGUGAAUGAAUCAAGCCCCGACAACAAUGAAACAACAAGAGAGGAGCUGACGUCGUGGGCCUGAGGAAAGAAAAGAGCGGAUUGCAGGCUCUAGCAAGGUUGGAUGAGCAGCCAAAGAAUAAAUCUUUCCUUAAGUCAUUGGAGAAGACAGCUGAGGGUCUGUUCCAGUCAGGUUGUGCACUCGCCUCUACCUGCAGUCAAAAAUGAGUCUGAGCACCAGUGAGCUGGAGGACCUGUGGGAGUCCAUUGGGGAGUUGAACUUCUCUGAGACCUUCAGCAACAUCACAAGUGUGGACGCCAUGGUGUGUGCCACGGCGUUCAAUCGCAGCGCCCUGCUGUACUCCAUGUGCGUCCUCUACACCUUCAUCUUCGUCAUUGGCCUGGCCGCCAACGCCCUGGUCCUCUGGGUGAACGUCCGCGCUCAGAGGGACUCCACCCCUCGCCACGAGACGCACACGUACAUCGCUCACCUGGCGGUCGCAGACUUGUGCGUGUGCGCGACACUCCCCAUCUGGGUGAGCUCGCUGGCCCAGCACGGCCACUGGCCGUUCGGGGAAGUGGCGUGUAAACUCACGCACCUGCUGUUCUCCGUCAACCUCUUUGGGAGCAUCUUCUUUUUGGCGUGCAUGAGCGUGGACCGUUACUUUAGUCUGGUGACGCCCAGAGAGGAGGGAGCCCGACGCAGGAAGUUGAUCCGCCGGGGGGUGUGUUUGGGGGUUUGGCUCCUGGCGCUGGUAGCCUCCUUGCCAGACACUCACUUCCUGCAUACUGUGAAGUCGACGCACGGCGACACCAUGCUGUGCAGGCCCGUGUAUCCAGAGGAGAACCUCAGGGAGUGGAUGGUGGGAGUGCAGCUGAGUUUCAUCCUGUUGGGCUUCGUUCUCCCCUUCCCGGUCAUCGCCGUGUUCUACGCCCUGCUGGCCAGAGCGUUCACCCACGCCUCUUCAUCAUCAUCCUCCUCCUCAUCUCCAGUGGAGCAAGAGCGCCGCGUCAGCCGCAGAGUUAUUCUGGCCUACAUCGUUGUUUUUCUGGCGUGUUGGGGGCCGUACCACGCCGUGCUCUUGGCCGACUCGCUGUCGCAGCUGGGUUUGGUGCCGCUGACGUGCGGCCUGGAGAACGUGAUCUACGUGGCUUUGCACCUCACCCAGUGUCUGUCCCUGCUCCACUGCUGCUUCAACCCCAUCCUCUACAACUUCAUCAACAGGAACUACCGCUAUGACCUCAUGAAGGCGUUCAUUUUCAAAUACUCAACUCGAACGGGCCUGGCACGUCUCAUCGAGGCUCCCAACAUGUCUGAGACUGAAUACUCUGCUGUGGCUGUGGAAAACCCGCCACUCAUAUAAAGACAACGUCUGAAUGACUGAAGAAGCAUUUAUCUCAGCGGAUUUCUUUCGUCUGCUGUCCAAAGCCAAUUUUUUUUUUUUUUUUUUUUUUUUUUUACAGAGACUUUAUUUAGUUUUAGAAAAACUUGAAGUCUGCAACUUUUCAUCUCUUGACAAAUUAAAACAAGCACUUAAAACAGUUUAUGAAAACAUUCAGUUUUAAAUCAGUAUAGACAGUCAUUAUAGUUGAAAAGCCAAAACUGUAACUUGUGUAAAAAUGUUGCUUUUACUGUGUGUGUGAACGUAUUUUGUUUUUUGUAUGAGGUCUGAUGUAGUACCAGAAGUGUAAUAUCUUUGUAUUUAGUUGUAUUUAUAUUCAUUUGUAUGGUUUUGUCUCUCUCUUGUUGAAUGCUAAGUCAUCACACACUGAUUCCUGCGCCACAUCGCACAACACUGCCUCAUUGUUUUAUAGUUGAUCCACUGACUGGCUCUGAGCUUCAGUCCUGCUGUCUCGACAUGAAUCACAUCCUCAUGUAGCAGACAAAUAAUUCAUCUCUCGACUCCAUUUUUUAGGAAUGUUUCUGUUUGAUUUACAUAAAAAUAUGAGACUUUUAUGCAUUAUUUUAAGGAAUAAUUCUUUCUUAUAUUUUUAUAAAUUUCCCUAUUAGUAAAUGUAAAUAAUUGUGCAUUUUGUGGUACAAGGACCAAAUUAGGCAAAAAAUGUACCUUUCAGAAAAUCUAAAAUAUCUUUAAAAUAGUAUUCUGUUAGUGCCUCUCAUGUUGAGGGCAAAUAGACAUUGAAUAUUUUUAGCUUUUACAAAUGGAUUUUAUGCAUUUUGAUACAUAAUCCAUGAAUCAAUAAAUCAAGAAUUCAACUAACUUUUAGGCAAUACGAUACAGUCUAAUUCUUUUACCAAAAACGCUAAAAUAUUUCUUAUUCAUGAGGAGUUUAAAGCUAUAAAUAAAAAUUUCAUGGCAUUUGACAGAGAAAUGUAUUCAAGGAUUGACUUGGAAGAAGCAAGCUUGUGAUUGGACGAUUGUAUCUCAUGUACAUAAAAAGACAAAAACGCUAGAAAAAAAAUAAAACUGAAAGAAAUACUACAGUUUGCCGGAAAUUUACUUCUUGAUUGAUUUUAUACCAUCAUAAUCCUGUCCAUAUAUGUGGUUUUCAAACAAUACUGGAGCUAAUCGAUCGAUUUUUUUGAUAUGUAUCCCUAAAUAUUGGAUUGAUCUUGUAGCUAACAUGCUUUUUUUAUUAAAGAAAGUGAUCCCAAUCAUGCCAAAUUUGGUACUUGUACCACAAAAUGCAGGAUUUGUCUCAAAUAUCCAUCAAAUCGGCUCCACUAUGCUCUCUUCAUGCAUGUUCUGUGCAGACAGGGUGGGGAAUGGCCCUGCUGAUACUGAUUGUGCAGAGAUGAGCAAUCUUUAUGAUAUCAUCAAGCUUAGCCUUGAGCUAUUGCACAACACACAGAAGGAGAUUUGACAGUUUUUAGAUGCUGUUUGUGGUGAUCUACCGUAUGUCACCAAUAGACACUUAUUUGUGUAUCGUCAAAAGUGAUUGACUUAUUGCAUUUUUACCUUACAGUGUUGUUUAUUAGGCAACAAAGUUUGAAAAAAUAAACAUUUAAAAACAUUCAUUUUUUAAAGAAAGUUGUGAUUUAUCAAAUCCUUAUAAGUACUUUUAUAUGUUAGCCUGUGUGGCUAAACUUCUUUACCUUCAUUUUAAAUACUUAACCUUCACAUUAGGGCUUUGUUACGCUACUAAAAUCAACACAUUCUCAUUUGGUUCAGUUACAGCAAGCAUAGAUUGCUCAAACUCAACAAAUGAAUCUGUCAAAGCAGGCAGACAUGUGUCCAAAUGCAGACGGAGACAAACGUUCCAAAAUGUCAACGCAUUCCUCACAGUGUGUGUUCAUAACCAAAAGCUCAACAACCAAAGUUUUGCACGUCAAAAACAUUAAAUCGCACAUUUUUCUCGCUGUAUCGUUCUGACACACGGAUGCUGACUGCAUUAUGUCACCCAAUUUGUUGUACAUGUUUUCAUGCCGAAACGGUUUUCAGAAGUUAUUAGAGAGAAAACAAACAUGUUUCUACAAGAACUGAGAGGUUCUUUUGUUGUUGUAAUGUAUUGCUUGUUUUAUUACAUAAUAAACACACAAAAAAAU